AUGGCCGUAGUGGGCGGUCGUCUUGGCUUUUUGUGGGCGUCACCUUGGCAGAAUCCAGCUAAAAAUAUAGGUCUUCAAAAUGUCGAGAGAUACGACGAACGCGGACGCGACGCGGCAGGUUCCCUGUAUCGAUCGGUGUUGCAGACUGGCGAUGCUGCGUAUUGGCUUGGUCGUCGUGUCCGCUCUGUUUCUCCGUGCAUAAUAAUGGCAGACCAUGAAAGCCACAAUGAUGAGGGAAACCCUCUGUCUGUUAUUCAUUCUGCAGGUACAAAAAGAACACAGGAUACGUAUGAUGGGCCAGCCAGCAAGAGAGCACAUGUCGACGGUGACGACAAUAAUCUAGCAGUUAAGAUUCUGAUUCCUUCGGCAGCUGUCGGAGCAAUUAUUGGCAAAGGAGGAGAGGCAAUGCGAAACUUGAAGAAUGACCACCAAUGUCGUGUUCAGAUGAGCAAAAGUUCGGAAACUUACCCAGGCACAAGCGAGCGUAUUUGUCUUGUAAAGGGUCGUGUACAAAAUGUGAUCGGUGUCAUAGAUGUGAUACUGCAGAAAAUCCGAGAGAAAUGUGAAGGUUCUACUAGCUCGGAUGCGUUUGAUCAUAAAGGUGUUAGCCGUGGUAAUGAGGUAAAAAUUGUCAUGCCUAACACAUCAGCUGGAAUGGUUAUCGGGAAGUCUGGUGCUAAUAUCAAGGAUAUUCGCGAGACGUAUGGAUGUCAGAUUCAGGUUUUCCCAAAAGCUGGAUCAACAGAGGCGCAGAACUCUUUGGAGCGAAUUGUCACUCUUGCUCACGAAGAUCACUCGCAACUUAUCCAAGCCACAGCACGUGUUCUGGAGAAGGUUGUUGCCGAUCCUCACCACACGAGCGAAAUCAACAAAGAGGACUUUGCUUUCGGUUCACAAACGUACGGCUAUGCUGCUACACAACAACCGACGAUCAAAUUCAAUCCCAUGAGUGGUUUGGGAAAUCAAGAGUUGCUCUCCUUCCUCGAUAACCUUCAGUCCACUCUUCGAUCAUCUGGCUUCAAUGAGGCUAGUGUUGCUGAGGUCAUGCAAGCUAUGCAGGUUCUCGCCAAGUACAACAUCAUGGGUCUUGGUCUCGGGCUUGGCGUAGCUGCUAUGGCCCAAAUGCGAUCAGCUCAGGAGACCACGCCACAAAUGCCAAGUAACCAUGGUGUGGCUGGAUUUGGUGAUCAGGGUGGAUAUGCUGGUGGUGACCAGCCUGUCAAUUUGCUCCUGGUGGAGGUGCUGAGGACUGGGUCUGGUGCAACCGCAAACGGUGAGAAUUUCGCAUCGUCAAUAAUGGUCGAGCGCCGUGUUUCCAAUGAGUCCAUAGAACUAGAGGUCCCUGACACCGUGGUUGGCGCCGUAUUAGGCCCAAAAGCUCGCACUCUGCAAGAAAUUCAGCUGUAUAGUGGGUGCAAAGUGCAGGUAUUUAAGCGCGAUGCAAAGCCAGACCUGCCUGUUGGAACGAGACUUAUCAGUCUGGCUGGAGAUGAGAAAAGCAUGCGAAUGUGCAGGGCAAUGAUUGAGCGGGUGGUGAACGAAGCUCAAGACCGCAGGACGGUCAUUCGUCCUUAG